AUGAUCAACAUGACCCCUUUCGGCUGCUGCGAUGUUUCCCCAGCAUCCGCCGCUGCACACAAAUCAGCUAAAGAUCGCCAAUUCACCGUCUGCCCGCAAAUCGGAGCACCUGCCGCUCGUUGGCCCAAUUCGCAGCUCAAGCCACAGCCUAAGCCCGCACAGCCCUCCGACACUCUAAGAAAGAAACCAUCCGCGUCAACCCUGUCCCGUCCAACACGCCCGGCCUCUACUUUGAUAUCUCAAUCGAACUCUCGACCCUCUUCACAAUUGACCGCAAAGAGAUCCACACCCUCUUUGGCCGCGAAGAAGACUACAACCGACGAUGGUGUCUUCAAAAAGCCAAUUGGGAGGCCCCCAUCGCGACAAAACCGACUCAACAACCCGAUAUUGCCUACCACAAACAACGAAACGAGAGAAAACGAUAAUCUUGGUUCACUAAAUGGGUUUCGAGCAUCCUCGCGGGCCUCUUCGCGGGCCUCCUCAAGACAGGGAUUUAGGGACGGAGAACAAGGGAUAAACCUCCAGGGAGACAAUGGAGAGGUGGAAUUGAGGCCAGCGGCCAGGAAGUCUCGACCUUCGUUGUCGGACCGGACAGUCGAGAGUCUAUCCCAGCUAGAUUCACCCAGGCAGAAAGGCAGGAGGAGGUCAAGUUUCUUUGCCACGGAGAGUCCAAUGGGGCCUCCUGCCAGACCUGCGUCCGCCCUAGGGAAUAACAUGGGCCGGCCAGGAACGAGCGACGGAACCUUCGGCACAAUCUCGCAGUUUGGUCCUUCUACUCCUUCGAAAGCCCCAAAUUCGAAUAUUGGACAACCCAGAGGGUCACUGACAGCUCCAGGCAAGAGGAGUGUCAGUGCCGCCUUACCACGAAGUGUUGGGACCCCAAGUAAGCUAGGUCUUACUACGAGGCCUACAUCGACCCAACCUGCUUCUCAAAUCCAAAGUAUCAAGUCUGCGUCAAAGGCCCGACCACUUAGCAUAAGCACGACAACGGCCGCGAGAACGCUACGGCCACGCGCGAGCAUCAGUGGACUAUAUGGACAGCCACCUUCAGGCGGGAGAACUCUCAACCCACGUGCGAGUCUCAGUGGGCUACAUGAUCGAGCUGGACUAACUCCAACUCCAACUACUCCAUCUACACCUGUUACGCGUGGGGGUGUUUCUAGCGUCGAGCAAUCUCCUGAGUUGUCGGCUCGGAAGGUUUCUCAUUCGUCGGCAGCCUUAAGGGAGCAACUCUCAAAAGCUAGGGCAGCUGCUCGGCGGUCAAAUGUAGGAGGAGAUGUUUCGGAAAUAGCUCCUGAUGAUACUGAAAAAAUUGAGCUACCAGUUCAGCAACCGACGACACCGCUGAAGGUAUCUUCCUUGUUAGCUGAGCCACGAGACCAACUUGCCAAUGCCAGUACGGCUGCUCGACGGUCGAAUGCAGCAGAACAAGUCUCAAUAAUGCCGCUAGUUAGCACUGAAAGUCCAAAAAGACCAGCUCAGCAGCCGGUAAGGCCCUUAAAAAUGUCUGCUUCGUCGGCAGCACUACGGGAACAGCUCGCAAAAGCAAGAACAGCUGCUCGACGGUCGAACGCAGCAGAACACAUUUUAACAAUAGCCGCCGACGAUGUUGAGAAUAUCGAGGUACCGGCCCGACAGCAUACGAAACCCUUGAAGGCCCCAGCAAAGCGUCCUACGAAACCGAAGGCUAUAUCGCGCCCCGCUCCUGCACCGCCGUCCGAUACAGACCAGAAACCAGUACACUCAUCGGCUGCACUACGUGAGCAGAUCGCAAAAGCGAAGGCGGCCAAACGGGCAGCAGCGGCAAAGGAGAAAAAGGAGGUAUCCACACCACCACCUAAAGCUGUUACCGAAAGCGAGCAUGCAAUUGUACCAGACCCCGCAGAGAUUGCUACGUUUGAUUUCGGGCUUGACGCAGACCCUUUCAAUCAGGGCCCUAAGGGCAGUGUUUCGCUGAUGCGAAAGCGAGUGGACGCUGCUAGACUUGAUGGGCGACUCAAUAUCGCCGCCAUGGGCCUGAGUGAGGUACCUGAAGAUGUGCUGAAGAUGUACGAAUUCGACGCCGAUAAGUCUUAUAUGGCUUGGGGAGAGUUUGUAGAUCUCACAACCUUCAUCGCUGCUGAUAAUGAGCUCGGAACUAUCCCCGACGAAAUGUUCCCCGAUGUGGACGUGCAUACUAUCCUUGAUGACAUCCCAGGCCCGCAAUUCGGCGGCGUUCAGAAUAUUGACCUUCAUGGAAAUUUGCUACCUACCAUACCGCUCGGCCUGCGGCGCUUGCCCCUCACCAAGCUCAAUCUUUCUCGAAACAAGCUCACCAAUGACGCCAUGGGCAUCAUCUCGCAGAUCUCAUCACUUAGAGAUCUCAAGCUCACCGAAAACAGUUUGCAAAAUAGCCUUCCGUCGAGCAUUAGGAAUCUAGAUCAAUUGGAGAUCCUCGAACUUCAAGGAAACAAGCUAACCGAUCUACCGGAAGAGAUGCGAGAGCUCAUCCAUCUUCGCACUCUGAACGUCUCUCACAAUAAGCUCGCCUCCCUUCCUGCGACUCUGUUCACCGUGGUCUCCCUAGUAGACCUCAUCGCCACCAACAACUCCUUCUCCGACUCCUUCUUCCCUGAAGAUGUUCAAACUUCUUCUCUCCAGACACUCAACAUCUCUUCCAACGCUCUCACCUGCCUCACGACCACCACCAUCUCCCUACCCGCCCUAAAAACACUCGACAUCAGUAUUAAUCGCCUCACUCACCUCCCUGAUAUCGCAUCCUGGACCGGCCUCGAUGUUCUCCGCGCAGGAGAGAAUAAAAUUACCGCACUUCCGCCGGGUUUCACGUCCUUGAUGGAGCUUAAGAUUGCGGACUUCAGCAGUAAUGAUAUGAGGGUCAUCGAUGAGAAGGUCAGUCUUAUGGACGGACUAGAGACCCUAAACAUAGCCGCGAAUCCGUUGAGGGAUCGAAAAUUUUUGACUAUGGAUACCGAGAGCGUUAAGAGGGAGCUGUUCGGGAGGAUAGAUCCAGCCGAGGUGGAGAAACUUAGGGGAGGAGAUGGGGCAGGGGAUGUGGAAGAGAUUGGGAGAAGAGGACCAAUGAUGGUUUUUUAAGGGUAUGGCGUUCAUUCCGGGGGUAUUUGCUAAGGUUCCUUAUUCAGGCGUUUCAAGGGCGGAGGGGGCUUGUUGCAGUAUGCUUGGGUAUUGUCAUUGGAUUGGUAUUAAGCUGUGUUGACUAAGUGGUGUAGGAUUAACAUGUUUAAUAAUUCUCAAAUCACUACGAUUUGCAUACGGUGAGAUGCAGGCAUUUAUUUGAGCUUUUUUCUUAUCGCCA